UUCAGUAUUCUUCGCAUGGAUCAUUCUGGAAGUCUUACAAGGUAAAGGAGGUGGCGUCUGCGAAGAAAGAUUUAUUCUACAAUUUAAGUCCCUUGUGGUGUAACGCAUUUAUUCAGCACAUAAGAUGUCGUCUUUAAGUGGAAUUAACAUUCUUCAUCAAGGAGCUGAGGAGGAGCGUUCAGAGACAGCUCGUAUGUCAUCCUUCGUUGGUGCCAUAGCAAUAGGCGAUCUUGUGAAGACCACACUUGGUCCAAAAGGUAUGGACAAGAUUUUGGUGUCUAUGCAAGAACAUGGAAAAAUCGAGGUGACAAAUGAUGGCGCAACCAUCUUGAGGUCUGUGGGAGUUGACAAUCCGGCAGCUAAAGUGCUGGUCGAUAUUUCUAAAGUGCAGGAUGCGGAGGUUGGAGAUGGAACCACCAGCGUUGCUGUUUUGGCUUCAGAACUCCUUCGCGAGGCUGAAAAGCUCAUCGCUCAAAAGAUCCAUCCACAGACUAUCAUAUACGGUUGGAGAAAAGCUAACAAGGCGGCUGCAAGUGCGUUAGAGGGUUUUGCGAAAGACAACAGCAGUAAUCCUAAUCAGUUUCGCGAAGAUUUAAUGAAUAUUGCGCGGACGACGUUGAGCUCAAAAAUCUUAGUACAGCAUCGAGAACAUUUUGCAGAACUGGCCGUAAACGCCGUGUUGCGACUAAAAGGUAGCGGGAACCUCGAUGCUAUUCAGAUUAUCAAGAAACUUGGCGGCAGUUUAGACGACUCUUUCUUAGACGAAGGAUUUUUACUUGAUAAAAAAGUGGGGAAUAAUCAACCAAAGAGGAUUGAAAACGCUACCAUUUUAAUUGCAAACACCGCUAUGGACGCUGAUAAAAUUAAAGUAUUCGGAUCGCGAGUUCGCGUCGAUUCGGUUGCGAAAGUAGCCGAGUUAGAACUUGCAGAAAAGGAGAAGAUGAAGGAUAAAGUGAACUUGAUCUUAAAUCACGGUAUAACCUGUUUCAUUAACCGGCAGUUGAUUUACAACUAUCCUGAACAAUUAUUCGCUGACGCUGGUGUUAUGGCCAUCGAACAUGCUGAUUUUGAAGGUGUUGAAAGAUUAGCUCUAGUGACUGGAGGAGAAAUCGUGUCUACGUUUCAUAAUCCUGAACUGGUGAAGUUAGGUAAAUGUAAACUUAUCGAGGAGGUCAUCAUUGGCGAAGAUAAAUUAAUACACUUCUCCGGCGUUGAUAUGGGCGAAGCUUGCAGUGUUGUGUUAAGAGGUGCCACCCAACAAAUUCUUGAAGAGGCUGAACGAUCUCUUCACGAUGCUUUGUGUGUUCUUCAGCAGACCGUUAAGGAAACACGCAUUGUUUACGGAGGAGGGUGUUCGGAAAUGUUAAUGGCGAACGCAGUCAACAAACUCGCCCAAGAAACACCUGGUAAAGAGGCAAUGGCCGUAGAGUCGUUUGCAGCAGCUCUCCGACAGCUGCCGACGAUCAUCGCCGACAAUGCUGGUUACGAUAGUUCCGAAUUAAUUUCUCAACUUCGCGCCGCUCAUACCACUGGACAGUCGACAGCUGGCUUAGACAUGAACAAAGGAUUGAUUGGCGAUAUGGCAGAGUUAGGUAUAACUGAAUCGUUCAAGGUGAAAUACAGAGUGCUGACAGCUGCUGCAGAAGCUGCCGAAAUGAUCCUACGUGUAGACGAUAUCAUCAAAGCUCCCCCAAGACCUCGCAGACAGGACCAUGGACAUUAAUUGAGACGACUUUGUGACCCUCCUCCUUUUCGUUCAUGUUAUGCGAAUUUUGCCGUCGACUUGACACCCUCUUCGUAAUUUAAACAGACAGUUAAAUGAACGUUUUAAAUUGUAAAAUCUAUUGCAACGAAUAAUUUUCCGUUAGCUGUUCAAGCA